UACUUUUUUUAAUUGAAAAACUUUAAUUUCGGCUUUUUUAGUGUCGUGUCAGUGAUUGUAAAUAGUUAUUUGUUGUGAAUAUAAUUGUUGUUGACUAUUCAAGUGUUAAGACGUGUGCUGUGCAAAUGUGAAAGUUUGUUAUAAGAAAAGACUGUUCUUUUUUGCAACUUCAUCCUACUUUUUUAUUUGAACAGCUGUUUUUAUUGCUAAUUAAGCUGAGCCACAAAUGUAAGCGCCCACAGAAGAGCAAUGAAGAGCGGAUGGACAGCGAACUGCUGAGUCCACAAAAUGGCCGCCGGGAUGACGAGAUGGCGGACCAAGUGCCGCGGCGCGGUGCUGUUCGCCAUACUGCUACAAGUUGUUAACGGUUACGAAGAAAUCUACACGAUAUCGCAACUAUCUCCAAAAUCAGACACCGUUGAACUACCAGAAGAUCUAGACCUCCACGUCACCCAGUCAGACAACCUAGCUUUUAAGAUAGAACCUAGCCUCGCCAGGUACGACGACCUGGACGACCUGGAACCUCAAGACAUAGUCACUGAUGAAGAAACUGAAAAACAUGUCAUUGUAGCCAGAUCUGCAGAUCCUAGUGACAGAGCAUCUAGAUCUUUAAACUUUGAUGAAAUACCAUCAUCAAACAAUGAAAUAGACAACGAAAUAGAACUACACAAUAAAAGGAAAUACUAUGAUAUACAUCCAACGAAAACUACGGGUUUUAGUCAUGAGAAUGAGGUGCUUAUGUCCUCAGACGGGGACAGGUUCGAGUUUAACUUUCCGGGGGAAGCCAGAAGGGCUCCAAAGGUCAGGGCGUUGCCUUUGGGGCCCAGAAUACGGCCUUCUGCAGUGCAGCCGAUGUAUGCCACUAUGAACCCUAAUGAGGGACGACAGAACACAGAAAUACAGAAUAUUAUAACUGGUAUAGUCAAGCUUCUGAACGGAAAUGUCAACGUGCAAGCUAAUACGCAACUCCUCAGACCAGGCAGACCUUUGAAUUCGAGGAUCAAUAACAGAGGACCACCUCGAAUAUCUGAUGUACCACCUAUGCCUGACUUUGAUAAACCUCUAACCCCUCCAACUCACAGCUUUCAUCCAACAAAAACUCCUCCCCCCUACCCCUUCGAUAGACCCCAUCAUGGUGUUAAUUUGCCUGAACAAAUUGUACCACCACUGAACCCUCACAGACCAGGGUUCCAUAGGCCCAAUCUUCCCCCUUGGCAACGGCCUAGACCUAGGCCACCUAAUAUGCCAGGUAGAAGGCCCAACCCUGGUCUACCUAUAUACAAACCUCCUCCAAUGCCUGUUGAUAUACCAAACUUAGACGAAGAAGAAGAAGAAGCAGAAAAUGAAACUAAUCAUGAUAACCAUCUUGUCCAAGAUGAGAAAGAGACUGUACCGUUACUUAAUCUACCUGUCUCUAACACUACUGAAGAAAACGAAAAAGAAGACAACAAACUAACCACAGCCCCUGAAACUACAAGCAGUACAAAAACCACAACUACAACAACAACGGAAAAAACAACAACUUCCACAACAGAAAAGACAACAACAGAACCACCAAAAACAACAACCGAAAAAGCCAAAACAACAACUGAAAAAGCCAAAACUACCACAGAAACAGCAAAAACUACAACUGAACGCAAACCUACCACGGAUAAACCAAAAACUACAACUGAACGCGAACCUACUACGGAAAAAUCAAAAACUACAACUGAACGCCAACCUACCACUGAAAAGGCAAAAACUACAACAGAGACAAAGACAACUACAGAAAAAGCUAAAGUUGAAAAGAAGCCAGAAAAGAAAAAGGAGCCAUUUAACGCUGAUAAGAAAGAUAAAUACAAGAUUGAUGAGAAGCCAGGGAAUAAGACAAAGAUUGAGACUAUUAUAGACAUCAUCGAGUCGUCGAUAGAUGAGUAUAAGUCUUCUGCUGCUGCGGCUGAAGGCUCAACUCCGACUGAAGGUCUGAUGUCUCACGCUCCGACUGUUAGUGUCUUGGACAGUCCGCAUAGUGUCGUGAAGACACCUUCUAUCAAUGCACAACCAUUACCAUCAUCCCAAACGCCGUACCGUCCGUACCGCCGUCCCGGCAUCGUGCUCGACGAUCCGGAUUUCAAGCCGGCCGCCAGCCGGCGUCCGGUGUCGGACGCCCCUGUUCUUACGGCACCCUUACCGGGGUAUGGAGAGAUUUUCGAUGUGACUGUGUCUGCGAUUCAGGGACCUGGAGAAAAAGGCGGUGCUUCUGUCCACAUCGAGAACGUGAACCCAAUAUCGGGCCAUGUUGAAGACGACAUCAUCGUGUCACCGUCGGGCGAGCAAGGAUUUGUGUCCAUCGACGGCAAGCGGACUUAUCUCAACCUGUUUGACACUUCCAGUCACCACGUGGAGCCUACCAGGGUGCAAAGCAUACAGCAUUCUGCACCCCCAACACCAGUUCACCAUCCCAGCCACCCCAGCCACCCGCCGGCAGUGGGCACAGGAAUAGCAGUUCCAGCCGGCCCCGAGCCGGCGCCGCCGCGGCGACCUGCCCCCGCCUACCGCCCCCGACCGCGCCCUCAAGCUACAGUCAGGAUCGACACGUGUAUAGUUGGCGAUGACUCCACGUGUGAUCAGGCGCAGAAUGAAAAAUGCAGGACGGAAGCAGGUAUAUCCAGCUGUCAGUGUCGGCCCGGCUACGCGCGCCGCACGCGCCGCGACCCGUGCCGCCGCGUCGUCUCUCUAGUGCUCAACCUGAGGGUGGACCGACUCUACGAUAAACCGAUGACAUGGGAUAACAAGUUGACGGACAAGGAUUCCGAGCUGUAUCAGCAGUUGAGCUACGAGGCAGUUAGAGCUAUCGACUCUGCAUUCUCAAUGACACCAUUCUCGGACGAUUUCGUGAGCGGGUCUAUAAACUCGGUGCACCGCGAGCUUGGCUCGGGCGUUUACGUUAACUACACUAUAUUGAUGUCGGAGUCAGGAGAGAUGCUACGACCAGCAGUGGGCGCCGAGAUCCACAAGCAAGUGAUGGGAGUGUUGCGGCGACGGUCCAACAACGUCGGGGCUUCCGCGCUGUGGGUGGAUCACCUCGCCGGGGCCGUGGCACCACUUAAAGAUUUGGAUGAAUGCGCGUCUCCAGAAUACAACGACUGUCACCAAUUGGCUUUUUGCAUUAACACCUGGGGAGGUUUCCGGUGUUCUUGCCCGGACACGACUCUAGACGCACAAGAGUCAGGACAGUUAGCUGGAAGAGAUUGCCGCGCGUGCGCUAGCAGCCACUGUAACGAGAGAGGCACCUGUCGCUACAGCAACCGACGUCCUACCUGCAGCUGUUCGUCGGGAUAUUACGGCUCCACGUGCGAGGUGGACGGCGAGGUGGUGGGCGUGGCUGUCGGCGCAUCCCUCGCCGCUGCACUAGUCAUCGCUGCAACGUUGGCUGCACUUCUCAGUUGGAGUCGCAAAUGGUCCCGUGAGCAGAAGGCAGUGGGCAUGGGCUCGCCAGUGUUCAGCUACAUGCAGGGAGUCAACACCAUCAAGGCCCCGCCAGUAGGAGGCCCCCCGUACCAGGUGACUUUGGAGGAGCGUAUGCGCUGGGCGCAGAUCGCCGAGGCAAUGGCGCAGUCUAACCACUACGCGACGGAGAACCAGACGAUGGCGACGCGGCCCUCAUCGGCCAUGUUCGGCGGCUACCCCACGCUGCCGCCCGUGCCCAUGCCCAGACUGGGGCUGCACCACUCGGGCACGCUGAACACAGUGGCGUCGCGCGUCAACACCGGGGGCUCGCACCAUAAUUUGUAUGGCUACACGAACCACAUGGCGACGGAGUCGUCCUCGUCGGAGGCGUCGUCGCACGCGCAGGAGCGCGCCGACCUGCUGCACGCGCCGAGGCCCAAGUCCAGGGCGAGGAGCUUGCAUAACCAAACGGGCAUCUACUACGACGUGGAGUACGAGAACGCGGAACCCAUCUACGGCACGAAGGGCAUUCCCUUAUCCACGUACACAGUGAGCCGCGGGCCCCCCUUCUACCGCGCCUAGUACUUGUAGUGUCGUUGGCCAACUUGCCCUAACACACUCUUCUACUCGGUUGGCGGAACUCAAGUUUUUUUAAGUCCUAUUAGCCACCGCCUUAACCUUUUGGACGCCAAUGACGGAUAUAGGCACCGCAGGUCCAACGCCAAAGACCGAUUAAUCUGUCACAGUCACAGAUCACAGAGCAACAUAGACCGACGCGCAUGUGCAUAAAGUUUUACAGUUUUGACACUUCGGUGACGUGGCGUCCGAGUGACAGUUUUUGUGUUUGACACGGCGUCGAAAAGUUUAAAAUCGAGGUUAUGCUUUCAGUUUAAUAGUUAUUUGUUAUACAAGGGUGCAAAGUUGUAUUUUACCCGCGAGUGUGGAAUUGAAACGCGAGCAAGCGAAAGGAUUCUAUAGUUGAACCACGAGCGAAGCGAGUGGUUCUAAAAUAGAAUCCUGAGCGUAGCGAGCGUUUCAACACACAAGAAGUAAAAUACAUUUGCACCCGUGUGUUACACAAAACUUUUCCCCUCACUAUAGCGAGGAAAGUGCAACAUCCACAGGCGUUAGAUCAUCUUCAUCACUGGAAUCACUUAUUUUUGUACGAUAUUAUAACAGAAAACACUGGAAAUUCUGAUUUUUACGUGAGUCGGUGAGAAGUGCUUUUAAGUAAAAAUUUUGUUGACAAUGUUGACAUUUCUGUUCUGACGUAUGAAAUGUCAACGAUGCGUUUUGAAAUUGCAUCGACUCAACUUGUGCAUUCAGAAUUAUAUUUAACAUCAUUAUAAAAAAUCUAACGUUUCUUAUGGAAUUUUAAGGUUUAUGACUUAAAAUUAUUAAAUAAAGCUAAAUUUGGUAUUUUUUAUUACAUUCUCAAACCAUUUAUUUAAUGAUAAUUAAUAUCGAACGAACCAUUAUUAUGAGCGUUUUACGUUUUGUUAUCUGUCAAGCUACUUAAACAUGCUCCAUUCAAGGUCAAAUUACUUUCCCCACUAGUGGAUAAAAUGCGUUUUUCUCCGCUUGUUUUAAAGGAUAAAAGACGGCUUUCCGAGCUAGUGAGGGGAAAAACAAUUUUCAUUGUAGGUAUAACAAUUUUUAGCAACCUAAACUAGUAGCAUAUAUACAGGUUGGAAAAAAUUUAUGGGCCCUGGAGGGAAAGUGCCUUAAAACCUUACUAAUUUUACUUAAAGGAAACAAUUUUUUUAUUUAAAAAGACAAAACUGCAUUCAUAGAUUUUUUUUAAAUUUCCCUUGUAUAAAAAUAUUCUUGUGUACUAAAUAUUCGAUUUUAUGGAUAUUUUGUACGACAGACGAGUGUAAGACCUAAUGUUUCUUGGAGAAAUGUUAUCAUUAACCUAUAUCGGCAUUAUCGACUAGUAAGUAGUUUCUUUUAAGUAAAAUUAGCAAUAUGAACUAAAGGUUUUAAGGUACUUUGCCUCCAGGGCCCAUAAUUUUUUUCCACACUGUAUAUACCUACGAGUAUUCGUGAUAAAAGUUCACGUUAUUUCAAAAUGAUGGUUUAAAAAAGUACAGCGAGCUACGAGUAUUUCUGCUGAUUAACGAGUUUUUACUUUUGCUCAAAAUUGCCUACUAUGUGUAAAUUUGCCAGGCUUGAAAACAGUGAUAAUAUAAUGAUAUACAAUGACCAUAACAAGGAAUUAGCUACCUAUAGACAGCUGUUAGGUAGAUAAAGUAGAGAAUCACUAGUUUUUAAGCUCGGAAAGUUUGCGCAUAGGUAACAAAGUGGUAGUAAAAGUUUUAAAUAUUUGAAGAAAACUAAAUAAACCAGGGCAUAAGCAUUGUAAUCAUUUCCAGCAGUAACUAGGUACUGUAAUUUAUGUAGAAAACGAGUAAUCUACAAAAAUGUAGGUUUAAUGUAUGUACCUAUAUUGAAUAAUGGGAUAAAGGCAGACGAUUUAUUAUUGCUUGUCCAAAUAGAGUAGAAAGUCUUAAAUUAAAUGCAUUUACAACGAAAUAAACAAAAUUGCCGUCUAUAAAGUUUUAAUUUGGCUUUCGCGAUGCGUAAAUUUUAUAAUAUAAUGUACCUAUUAUAAUGUAUUGAGUCUUCUCAAAAUACGAGUACUUAGUCCCAUAAAACUUGUUAAGAAAAUACUAAGAUUGUAAAUAUUUUAUUAAAUUAUUAACAUACGUAUAAGUCAAGAUAUUUUAAAUAUUUCCUUUUUUUCGGGCCAUCGACACAAUAGUUUUUUGUUACUUUCAACGAAAUCUUUAGACUGAAUUAAAAAAUAGAUUUAAGAAGUUUUGUUUUGAGUUUUUAAACAGUUAUGUAGUUUUUAUUUUAUUUGUGAAAAACAGUGAUUUUUGAACAUUGUACAUAUUUUUAUCGAAUUAACAUAGUCAUUGUUUAAGAUUGCAUUUAUAACAUAAAACAAGUUUUUAUGUAAACAGAAAUAGUUCUAAGAAGUUAUAUGUAUUUAUCAUAUUUAAUUACAUUUAAAUAUUAAAACUGA